AUGCGGCAGUCCCGGCGGAGGCGAGGAUCGUACUAUGGCUACGAUUCGGAAGGGGGCAGCGGCGGUGGUGGCUUGCUAGCGGCGCUCAAGGAGCACCGGUGGCUUAUCGACACGGGCCUGCUGGUGAUGAUCAUGUUUCUGCUGUUGUUCCGGCCGCAGAGGGGCAGGGCGCAUUUCUGGGAGGGCGCGGGGGAUCUCACUGGUUUUGCACCGGAGUUUUCUCAGAAGAUUGUGUCGUUCACGCCGGACCCGGGCUUCCUGCCCGACAACGCGAGCGAGUUCUUCACAGACGCGGUCCAGGAUAAGUGGCUGGGCUUGGUUCCUCCCGGCCUCGGAUAUGUCAAUGUUGUUGACCCGAGCACCUACGACAACCUCCCAACCAAGCUUACCGACUUUGAGGACGACGAGUACGUGGUGACGACAUCUGUCACGCACCAGCUGCACUGUCUUCACUCGAUAGCAAAGGCCUAUUCGACCAUGCGCCUCCCCGCCGCCGAGCAGACCCCCAUGACGGAGGAGGAGGUCUGGCACGUGGGCCACUGCUUCGACUACCUCCGCCAGAGCCUCAUGUGCUGCGGCGACGUCGCGCUCGAGGGCCAGCAGACCACCUUCCCCGGCGACCCGACCCUGUCGGGCAGUGACGGGUGGGACGCCAAGCACGUCUGCAAGGACUAUGGCGAGGUGUACGAGCACUUGAAGACGAGUGCGGUCAACCACAACAAGUGGAUCUCAUAA